CAGAGGCUGCUGGAGGACUCGAGCCCAGAGGGGCUGCCAAAAAGGCAAUCAGUUGGUUUCUGAGUCAUUCUAUCUCUCCUACUGCCAAGUGUUCUAGAGCCAUCUUCCGGCUGCAGGGAAUGUGAACUAAGAGAAAGGUGUCCUCUCUCUUUUCAUAAAGAGACCCAGAGACGAAUGCCCGCAGAUCGCUCAUUCCUAUAGCGGAGUUGAAGUUUCAGCUUAUUCACAAUCAUCAGAAGAACGGAGUAGUUCCCACAGACUUCCAGCAAUGAGCUGUCAAAUUCAGUCUGCAUUAAGUAGUCUCCUUACAAUCGUCCCGACGGUAAAAGUAUGAAAUCCCGCAAACACCUGGACAAGGAAGUCAAAUGACCAUCAAAUAAAACAGUUAACUCAUGUCAAGCGAGUGGACCAGGUUGCCUGAGCUCACUACUCUCAAAUUCUAACUCCGGCUUCACAUCAUUAGGCGUAAGCAGCCAAUUGGGCCGUCUGGGAGCCGUGCAUCCUGGGAGUUAUAGUUUCCGGCUCCCUCCUUCAGACUACAAGCUCUACAGAGCCGCGGGAGGACGGUUGCCUGGUAUUAUCAGCAAGCAGCAAGUAUGGCGGUGGCGCGCGUGGACGCGGGUUUGCCUCCCGGAGAAGGAUCAGUGGUCAAUUGGUCAGGGCAGGGACUACAGAAAUUAGGUCCAAAUUUACCUUGUGAAGCUGAUAUUCACACUUUGAUUCUCGAUAAAAAUCAGAUUAUUAAACUGGAAAAUCUGGAGAAAUGCAAACGAUUGAUACAGUUAUCAGUGGCCAAUAAUCGGCUGGUUCGGAUGAUGGGUGUGGCCAAACUGACAUUGCUUCGUGUAUUAAAUUUGCCUCAUAAUAGCAUUGGCUAUGUGGAAGGGCUAAAGGAACUAGUGUGUCUGGAGUGGCUGAAUUUGGCAGGAAAUAAUCUUAAGGCCAUGGAACAGAUCAAUAGCUGCACAGCUCUACAGCAUCUCGAUUUAUCAGAUAAUAACAUAUCUCAGAUAGGUGAUCUAUCUAAAUUGGUAUCCCUGAAAACCCUGCUUUUACAUGGAAACAUCAUCACCUCUCUUAGAAUGGCACCUGCUUACCUACCCAGAAGUCUUGCUAUACUUUCUUUGGCAGAAAAUGAAAUCCGAGACUUAAAUGAGAUCUCUUUUCUGGCAUCCUUAACUGAAUUGGAGCAGUUGUCGAUUAUGAACAAUCCUUGUGUGAUGGCAGCACCUUCCAUCCCAGGAUUUGACUAUCGGCCGUACAUCGUCAGCUGGUGCUUAAACCUCAGAGUCCUAGAUGGAUAUGUGAUUUCUCAGAAGGAAAGCUUGAAAGCUGAAUGGCUCUAUAGUCAAGGCAAGGGGAGGGCAUAUCGGCCUGGCCAACACAUCCAGCUUGUCCAGUAUCUGGCCACAGUCUGCCCCCUCACUUCUGCACUAGGUCUUCAAACUGCAGAGGAUGCCAAACUAGAGAAGAUUUUGAGCAAACAGAGGUUUCACCAGAGGCAGUUGAUGAACCAAAGCCAAAAUGAAGAGUUGUCUCCUCUUGUUCCUGUUGAAACCAGGGCAUCCCUUAUUCCUGAGCAUUCAAGUCCUGUUCAAGAUUGCCAGAUAUCCCAGGAAAGUGAACCCGUCAUUCAAGUCAAUACUUGGGUUGGGAUAAGCAGUAAUGAUGAUCAGUUAUUUGCGGUUAAGAAUAAUUUUCCAGCCUCUGUACAUACUACAAGAUAUUCUCGAAAUGAGCUGCACCUGGAAGACAUACAGACAGAUGAGGACAAGUUAAAUUGUAGUCUUCUCUCUUCAGAGUCUACUUUCAUGCCAGUUGCAUCAGGACUGUCUCCAGUAUCACCUACAGUUGAGCUGAGGCUGCAAGGCAUUAACUUGGGCCUAGAAGAUGAUGGUGUUGCAGAUGAAUCUGUGAAAGGACUGGAAAGCCAGGUAUUGGAUAAGGAAGAAGAAAUGCCUUUAUGGGCUGCAAAUGAGAAUUUGGUUCACAUGAUGAAAAGUGAGAUCAGUACGGAGGUAAAUGAGACAGCUGGGCUUUCUCCUUGUCCUGAGCCAACGACAAUCAGCUCUGUCUCGAAGGAUGAUAACCACAGUCUUACAUUUUUUCCUGAGUCAGCUGGACACAGUGUCUCCCAUAUACAACCAGAAAAUAAAGAAACCAUAUCUCAAGCAACUUCAGAGAAACUUCCCUGCAUGAUUUUAACCCGGAGAUCUGCUGCUUUGGGACAAGAUAAAGUUGCUCUUCAGAAAUUAAAUGAUGCAGCCACCAAGCUUCAGGCCUGCUGGCGGGGCUUUUAUGCCAGGAACUACAACCCUCGAGCCAAAGAUGUGCGUUAUGAAAUCCGGCUGCGCAGAAUGCAGGAGCACAUUGUCUGCCUAACUGAUGAAAUAAAGAGGUUACGAAAAGAAAGAGAUGAAGAACGUAUUAAAAAAUUUGUACAAGAAGAAGCUUUCAGAUUUCUUUGGAACCAGGUAAGGUCUCUACAGGUUUGGCAACAGACAGUGGACCAGCAUCUAAGUUCCUGCCAUACUGAUGUUCCUCCUCUAUCAAGUACUCUUGUGCCAUCUAAACCUCCAUUAUGUACCCAAAGCCAGGAGGAGUCCUCUUCUGAUCAAAAUGCUGAUUGGUUCACUGCUUCUGAUGUAGCUCCUCAAGAGAAAUCCUUACCAGAUUUUCCAGACUCUGGUUUUCAUUCCUCUCUAGCAGAACAAGUUCACUCUUUGCAGGAUUCUUUGGAUUUUGAAAAAAGUUCCACAGAAGGCAGUGAAAGCUCCAUAAUGGGGAAUUCCAUUGACACAGUUAGAUAUGGCAAAGAAUCAGAUUUAGGGGAUGUUAGUGAAGAACAUGGUGCAUGGAAUAAGGAAAGCUCAAAUAAUGAGCAGGACAAUAGUCUGCUUGAACAAUAUUUAACUUCAGUUCAACAGCUAGAAGAUGCUGAUGAAAGGACCAAUUCCGAUGAAGAGACAGGAGAUAGUAAACUUCACAUUGCUUGUUUCCCAGUACAGUUAGAUACCUUGUGUGAUGGUGCUUCUGUAGAUGAGAGUCAUGGCAUUCCUCCUACUUUGCAAGGUGAAAUUAGCCAGACACAAGAGAAUUCUAAAUUAAAUGCAGAAGUUCAAGGGCAGCAGUCAGAAUGUGAUUCUACAUUUCAGUUGCCGAGCGCGGUGGCUCAAGCCUAUAAUCCCAGCACUUUGGGAGGCCGAGACGGGUGGAUCACGAGGUCGAGAGAUCGAGACCAUCCUGGUCAACAUGGUGAAACCCUGUCUCUACUAAAAAUACAAAAAAUUAGCUGGGCAUGGUGGUGCGUGCCUGUAAUCCCAGUUACUCAGGAGGCUGAGGCAGGAGAAUUGCCUGAACCCAGGAGGCAAAGGUUGCGGUGAGCCGAGAUCGUGCCAUUGCACUCCAGCCUGGGUAACAAGAGCAAAACGCAGUCUCAAAAAAAAAAAAAUACUUUCAGUUGGCUUUGGAGGGGAAUACUCCCUAACCCUAAUUUUGUUACUAUUUAUAUAGGAUUUGUAUUCGUGUCUCAUAUUUUUCAGAUUCUAGGUAUUGAGCUGAGUUUUCAUUUUGAUUUUGUACAUACAGCUUUUUGCUUAGCUGUAAUGUACCAAACUAUUUAUAUCGAAAGCUAUAUGCACUUUAUUUCUUCGCUAAAUUGCAUCAGCAAUUUCCUGUUUCUUUCAUGUACCCAUUUACUUUCAAAAGUAAGUUAGAAUAUAUUAAAGAAAAUAGAAAAAAUUACCUUAACUAUAUGAAUUUUUGCCCUUCCGUAUCUGAGAAAAUUAAUUAUAUAGUAAGGAAUGAAAUUUGAUAACGUAAAUAUAAAUGAGAAAUGUGAGGAUUGCAAACUAUUGAAAUUUGCCAGUCUUCUUGGUGUAAAAAUGUUUUUUAAAAGCCUUUUUUCUUCCUUUCUGAGCCAAGGAAAGCCUUUCUAUAAGCAAAUUAAGGAAGAAAAGAUAGGAUUAUAGGAUUUCUCAGUGGGGAUGAUUACAUUGUCUCAUGGAAAACUUCAGUUAAUGUCAUGCAUUAAUUUUUAUUUGUUUGUUUUUGAAAUGGAGUCUCGCUCUGUCACCAGAAUAAAGCGCAGUGGCAUGAUCUCAGCUCACUGCAACCUCUGCCUCCUGGAUUCAAGUGAGUCCCCUGUCUCAGCUUUUGAAGUAGCUGGGACUACAGGUGUGUGCCACCAUGCCCAGCUAAUUUUUGUAUUUUUAAUAGAGAUGGGGUUUCACCAUAUUGGCCAGGAUGGUCUUGAUCCGCCUGCCUUGGCCUACAAAGUGCUGGGAUUACAGGUGUGAGCCACCGCACCUGGCCAUCAGUUUUAACAUAUGAAGUAAAGUGUUCUAUCCAAGAUUAAAAUCAAGUUUACUUAGGUUACACAAGGAUAUUUCACUUAGAUAUGAAGAAAGGAAACACUAGUCUCCAUUCGUUUGAAAUACUGUCAUGGCAAAUAUGUAUCCUUUCAUUAAGUGCUUUUUCACCCUAUAGAUAAGCAUUUAUGUGCCAAUAUAUUGUCAGAAAUUAAUGUAUGUUCAUCUCCUCUGUUCCUAAUGUAUUUCAGCAGAAGGUCCACAGCUGUUCACUUCAGUUUUGACCUCUGUCCCAUAGUGAAGGACAUUUAAAAUAAUACUAGUGGUCGAAUAUGAAUGACUUUUUAGGAACUGCUUUUUGUCUAAUCUGAAAAAGUGCCACAUUCAGAAGACAAUUUAAUGAUGCUUAAGAAAUAAUAAACCUCACUUUACUUGUUAAAAAGAUAUAUAUGUCUGCAACUUCAGGGAGAAAUAAGAUUGUGUUUGAAUAUUCUAGGUAGAUGCAUUUGUAAUGAAGAAUAAUGACAUUGAACAACAUGUAUUUGGUUUCCCCCAACUUAUAGACAUACAAGUAUUUAAGGCUAUGGCAAUACAUAAGUCAUCUCUAAAUUUAGGUGCUAAAUAUCUAUUAAUUAUUCUGUUGUGGUCAUUGGGUGCCCUUCUUUGAAGUUACAUAAAAUAAAAACAUCUGAUCCUUCAAGAAUAAAGUUUAGGAUCACAUGGUAUGUGGCAUUUGUUGUUGUUUUUUAAAGAGACGGAGUCUGGCUCUGUUGGUGUGGUGCCAUGAUCAUAGUUCACUCUGACCUUGAACUCCUGGCUCAAGUGAUUCUCCUGCUUCAGCCUCUUGAGUAUGUGGGAUUACAAGCAGGAGCCACUGCUCCCAGCUCAUGGUAUUUGUUGAUAGUCAUAACAUUUCUCCUGUAUGGUAACAUGUAUUUUUCUCUGUUUAUAAUUAUGUAGCACUCAGGUUGAGAAGACUCGGAUUUUAUUCUUAGAGAUCCAGAAUUCCUUGAAAAGGAAAUGUUUUCUGUUUCUUAUAUUAUAAAUAAAACAGUAAUCUUACAUUCAGAAGGAUUUUCCUUAGUGAAACAUGUGAAACAUUGAAUGCAUAUUAAAUAAAAAUGGAAUUUCUAACUUUUUCAAUAGUGCUAAUUAUCUUUUCUGAAUGAUUUUGGAUGUCUUCUUAAAUAUACCCUAUUUUUCUAUUUUACAGUUAAGUGCCUCACUUGCUGUCCAUUGUUAGACAAAGAAAACCAAUUUGCACUGCACUAGUAAAAAUACUACUUUAUACAUUCGUUUUUCAUAAAAGCUGCUGGAAUGUCAUGGUUCAGUAUUGCCUAACUAGGUUUCUGCUAACAUCUUCUCCCUCCUGUCUUGUUAAAGUAAUUGCAAAACACAACUAAAUUCAUUUGAUCAUCAGCAUUUGUCAGCAGGAUUUGCUUUUUUACCUUUGCCUUCUUUUUCUAACCUAUAAAUUGUACUUAGCAUACUUUUAUUAAAAAUUUGGCAGAAUGUGGUAAUUAAUAAUAUUCUUUUCUUCAUCUGUAUUUAUUUAACUUUUACUAGUGUUUAGAAGUGUAAGAAUGUUAAAUAGACCCUUCCUUAAUUGUACAUAUUAUCUUGAAUGUAGAUAAAAUGAAAAUAAUGUAAAUUAGAAUGUAGGAAAACUGGCAUAGACUUAAUAAAUUUAAUGGGUUUACAUUAUACUUUUAAAGUGAUUUUAUAUAAUUAAGAUAUUUGGUUUCAACUCUACGGGCUAUUCUUUGGUCUGGCUGAAGAGGGAAUGGGUCUAGUAAGGUUUGGGAAGUUGAGCUUUGAACAUGGUCUUUGUGUUUUUUUUCUGACAAGGAGAGGCUUGGUUUAGCUGUGCUAUUUCAGUACAUAUCAGUUCUCUUGAUUUAUGGAAGAUUCAGCUUAUCAAUUAAGAAUUCCUGCAGAAGCACAGAAUCAUACCAUGUGAGAGUUGGAAGGAAGCUUAAGAUAUUUGUGUUUGAAUCUCUUUGUUUCAAAGAUGAAACUAAAGUACAGCAUGUUAAAUGACUUGUCUAAGGUCAUAGCUAGUUAGUAGUAAAUAAACUGAAAACCUGUAUGCUACUGUAGUCCAAAAUUUUAUUAUAUCCUCUUAACCUUUACAUUUAGUCAGUAAGGAAAUCUCUGCAUAUUUUUCAUUCUCUUUGAAAGAGGAAAAAAACUUAUAAGAGAGCUACAACUCUAUCACUCAUGACAGAGUUGCUUGUAGAAAAUAAUUCCUUCCCCUCAGUGAAUUUUCUCCAAGAACUGUGACUUAUUAAAAUGGUUUCAAAAGAGCAAUAGUUGAAAUUAAAGUUAUAGAAAAGAUAUUGGGUGUGGUGGUUGAUGACUGUAAUCCUAGUGCUUUUGGAGGCCAAGGCCGGUGGAUCACUUGAGGUCAGGAGUUCAAGACCAGCCUCUCUAAAAACACAAAAAUUCUGGAAAGAAUGACUACAUUUUAGAGUUAAUUUAUUUGAUGACAGACAGUAUAACGGGUUGCUGAGAUAUAUAAAAUUUUAUAAAGAACUGCUGAGUUUGAUUGCAUUUUAUUUUUAGUUUUAUAGAACAAUAGAGGUUAAAAUUUUAACUCUCUUGGUGUGCAGAAAGCUCUUAUGACAGUUGAUAUGCAAGUUGGCUUUAUAAGUUUAAUUAUAAAAGGCUUGACAAUAUGCAUGUUUUAGGAAAAUGUUCAUUUAUUUAGUCAUAUAAUUGUUAGUAUAUAUGUAAAUAACUUUAUUCUUAAAUAAUAUGGGUGCCAUCUUGAGUGUAUGUUUUUAUCUGUUUUGGAUUAUUUUUUGUAUACAAACACCAUAAUAGUUGUUUUCCUGUUAUCUACUUAAGACAAGUCUAGUUCUACUUUUUACCAAUAAUUUCAGGAGAACACAGGUGUGUGCAAAGUCUUAGAAUUGGAUAUAUAACAUUGAUAAUAAAAACAUAAAACUUUUUUUUCUGGAGAAUUAAGACAGUAAAAAUUAAAAAUAGAGUGAAUAUGAUCAUUUUCCCAUCAUAAAGGAAAGAAGAAACUUCUUUUUUUUUUUUGAGAUGGAGUUUCGCUCUUGUUACCCAGGCAGGAGUGCAAUGGUGUGAUCUUGGCUCUUUGCAACCUCCACCUCCCUGGUACAAACGAUUCUCCUGCCUCAGCUUCCCCAGUAGCUGGGAUUACAGGUGUGCACCAUAACGCCCGGCUAAUUUUUUUGUAUUUUAAGUAGAGAUGGGGUUUCACUGUUGUCCAGGCUGAUCUCGAACUCCUGAUGUCAAGUGAUCCACCUGCUUCAGCCUCCCAAAGUGCUGGGAUUACAGGUGUGAGCCACCGUGCCUGGCUGAAACUUCAUUGUUUAAUGCAUAUCUUUAUUUUUUCCAAACACCAACUUGAACCAGAGUAUAUUUUUAUUUUGCCACAUACCUUUAAAAGGUAUUUAUUGUGUCAUUAUAUAAUGUUUUAAAUGUUAAAUAUAUGAUACCUUAUUCCUGCAGUGAAGCAGAAAGGAUCUGUAAGGAACAUUCUAAACCUUUUUAAUGGUAUUGCUUUUACUGAUCAAGCUUGUUGUGCCAAAUUAAAGUUAAAAGUCAAAUAAAUUAGUCCUCAUAGCCUUGGAAAGAAACAGAUAAUUGUCUUUUUAAAAUGAGGUGUUUUUUAUCUGCGGAUGAAUGAAAAUCACACUGAAUUUUAAUUCUUAUUUAUUUUAGUGGAUAGCAGAAAUCAUCCUGUAGUAGUUUUGUUCAUUUUCUUUUUUCUUGAGAUGGAGUCUCAUUCUGUCGCCAGGCUGGAGUGCAGUGGUACAAUCUCGACUCAUUGCAACCCCUGCCCCAUGGGUUCAAGUGAUUCUGCUGCCUCAGCCUCCCAAGUAGCUGGGAUUACAGGUGUGUGCCACCAUGCCCAGCUAAUUUUUGUUUUUUGGUAGACACAGGGUUUUACCAUGUUGGCCAGGAUGGUCUUGAUCUCUUGACCUCAUGAUCCACCCACCUCAGCCUCCCAAACUGCUGGGAUUACAGGCAUGAGCCACUGUACCUGGCCUUGUUCAUUUUCUAAUUAAAUCUCUUUGAAUCUUUUGUAAUAAUUUUAAUGUUGACAAGAGUUUAAAAAUAAUUUGAUUUUGGACUGUAUUUAAAUUUCCCUUUAAUUUUGUUGUAGAACUAGUAAAUGAUUUAAAGUGAUUAUGAUCUGUUUUAUGAAGGCUUAUUAUUAUGUAUUGUAUUUAUUUAAUUUGUAUUUGAGUCUAAUUUUAAAUAAAAGGUUUAUACAUUUGA